CAACACUAACUAGGAAACAUAAUACUACUUUAACAAGGACUACUACUACUAAUUAAGCUUCUAAAUAACCAAAUUUAAUAAUUGUAAUGUACUUUUCCUUUGAGGAACUAUUUUUAAAAUUAUUUUAUUUUAGUUAUUUUUUGAUUUUGUUAGUUGUUUGUCCAAAUAGAGCAGACCCAAAUGUCCAACCAGACCAGACCCAACCAAUUUGUGCAAUUUGACCCGACUGGGCGGUCCCUUCUUCCUCCUAGUAUCGCUGACCAGCAGAGACUUUUUGUUUUUUUUUUUAAACGGAGAGAAUUUUUCUCUCUUACGCGUUCUGGAUCGGCGCAGCGGAAGCCGAAAGGUAUUACAGAGACCACUGCCGAAGAGCAAAAGAGGUACCCAACCGCAUUUCCGGCCCAAAAUCUGCGGUUCCGGUCCCGGGUCUCUCCGGCUAUGGUGUCGACCUGAUACCAGCAGCAGCUCGUCGACAGAGGGGAAAGAGGAACAUCGCGAUUGGGGCGAUUGUGGCGUCGACGAAAAUGUUUUAGGAAGAGAGGUAUUGGGGCGAUUGGAGCGACGGCGACCAGUGGGAGCGACCAGCAGCAGCCACGGCGACCAGUGGGAGCGACCAGCAGCAACGGCGCGACCAGUUACCCAGCAGCAGCGGCGACGGCGCGGUGACCAGUUACCCAGCAGCAGCGGCGAAGGCGUUAGGUUUAAGGCGUUGGGUUUUCAAUCCGUCUGAAUCCGAUGAAGAGUGACUCCUGCAAAUUUGAAUUGGGUAAUUUCUUCUUGUGAAUGCUGGGCUCGAGUGCGGCGGCAGCCUGUUCAUUUGUCGAGAGCGUCGAACGAAUGGCCAAAGGCAGCAACUUUUUCUUUCAUCUGGCUAUCGGCGGGGAGCUGAAUCCUCAAUAGCGGCGGGUAAUUGAAGGAACUGUUGGUCGGGCUUGGGUGGGGAUAAUUCUAGGGCGAUAAUUCGUUAGGCUGAGAAUAAGGGUAAAUGUGUCAACUAUUGAAAUUUAGGGCGGAAUUUUUGGAAUUCUAGGGCGAUAAAUAUUAGCUCCCUAUCAAUCUGGCCAUCGAUACAUGAAUUAAUCGGUCCAACCGACUGUUAUGAUUCAUUUAACUUCUUUUAAUAAUUUUAAUUAUGAAAAGGCUAUAAUCAAGGAGAAAAUUAAAUGAAAAAUAAAUAAAAAAAGACGAGAAAAGAAAAGGUAGAGAGGUGGCGGUGGGGCCCGGGUCCGCCGGAGAUGGAGAGUCGCUAUACUAAAUUCCCUCGCCAUCCCAAACGGUCUUCGUCUUCAUCAUUCUCCCUAACACCACUGGAAAACCUUCUCUCAAGCUCACGGGCCGCAGCUCUACCCUUCCCUUUGCUUCGCUUCCCAGCUAAUACUUCCCAAUUCCCCUUUCACCUACUCUUCUCCCUCUUCAUUUCCCACUUAGAUUCGCUUUCUUAGCUCUGGAAACCAGAUCCCGUUUGCUUGAUUGUUUCCUGGGUUCGUCUCAUUGCUUCUCCUUUCCGAGCUCUGCUUUCGAUCCAUGACUUUUACUUCCACUUAGGGGCGGGAAAUGUUAUCCGACGGAGACGCCUCACUCCGCCGCGAUUUCGAGGCGUUGACAGUCUCCCGCCGUCUGGUACGGACAGUCAGCCAGAAGCUGAGAAAGAAGGCGACGCCCGAUCAAGAUUCUCCCGCCAACGAUGGGUUUUCGUUGAAAUGUCUUACCCUGAUGGGACGAGGAGGCGGCUGCAAGGUCGGGGCCGAUACCGGAGAUGAUUUUGUGGGAGACUCCGGCGGCCGGAGGAGGUCGUCAACUUCCAGCGAUGAAGCGGGCAGGACGCCUUACAAGCCCAUCUGCGGCGGGGAAGAGACGGGAGUCGAUUGCUUCUUUAGAGAAAUGUUUUGGAAGAAGCACAGCAGCAGGAGGGAUUUGCAGAUUGAGGCGGCUCCGAUUGCGAAUCCAUUGGAUACCAGCAAGCUGCACAUCUUUCUUCCUGACGAUAUUCUAGAGCUCUGCCUGGUAAGACUUCCUCUAACCAGUCUCAUGAAUGCUCGCCUUGUCUGCAAGAAAUGGAAGAACUUGACUACUAGCCCUAGGUUCUUGACCAUGAGAUGGGAAGGCUUGUAUAGGACACCGUGGUUGUUUCUGUUUGGAACUGUUAGGGAUGGGUAUUGCUCAGGGGAGAUUCAUGCUUUGGAUACUUGCCAAGACAAAUGGCACAAAAUUGAUGCUGACAUUCUGAAAGGGAGGUUCAUGUUCUCGGUUCAAAGCGUUCACGAUGACGAAAUCUAUGUCGUGGGAGGCCGGUCUAGCCUCGGUCAACCAGGGAGACUAGAUUGGAGUUCAUUCAAGACUCACAAAGGGGUAACGGUGUUUAGCCCUGUGACCAAAUCGUGGCGAAAGGUGGCCUCCAUGAGGUAUGCUAGGUCAAUGCCGGUCCUUGGAGCAUCCGAGGUGGGUCCGGAUUUCAAUUCUGGUCAUCUCCAUCAUCAUCAGGAGAGGCGUUUUCCCAGGUCGAGGAUUGGUGGGGUGUCCGAUGUGUACGAAGAUCCUCACAGGCUAUCUCUUAGGCGGCAGUAUAAUGAAGUGUCGUUCAUGGCCAACAGAAAGUCUCACUCUCACUCUCACUCUCAAAAGUCCAUGAGGCAGAGAAGUAGCAAUUGGUUGAAUGCGAAAUGUAGCAAGAGGUUCGUGCUGAUUGCAGUUGGAGGACUCGGGCCAUGGGACGAGCCAUUGGAGUCUGGAGAAAUCUAUGAUCCUUUGACCAACAAAUGGUCAGAGAUUCAAAGGCUGCCUGUGGAUUUUGGAGCAGUUAGUUCCGGAGUUGUCUGCAAUGGGAUCUUCUACGUGUACUCCGAGAUCGACAAGCUGAUGGGGUAUGACAUAGAGAGGAGAUUCUGGAUGGGAAUCCAAACUUCCCCCUUCCCUCCUCGAGUUCUUGAGUACUACCCUAAGCUUGUGGCAUCCAAUGGCCGACUAUUCAUGCUCUCCGUCUCAUGGUGCGAAGGGGAUGGCCGAAUCGGGCAGAGGAACAAGGCUGUUAGAAAAAUGUGGGAGCUUGAUCUUGUUUACAUGAACUGGAGUGAAGUCUCGGUUCAUCCUGAUGCUCCGAUGGAUUGGAAUGCCGUGUUUGUAGCUGACAGAGGGCAGAUAUAUGGGAUCGAGAUGUUCAAGAUAUUUGGUCAGUUGUUGGAUUUCUCGACCGUGUGUGAUGUCUCUGGUUCAGGGACAACCAGCUGGAGGCAUGUCUCGAGGAGUCACGUCGGUCAUGAGCUAGAUGCUUCUUCCUGCAUGAUGAAAUCCUUGUCAGUGCUGCAUCUGUGAAAAGGCCGUGGCGGAAUUGAAUGGCUCUCUCUCAUAGAAUUGAUGCUUCUUGUUCAUGCAAUGAUUUUGAAUCCGCUUCGGCAAUGCUGACUCAGUGAAGUUUCCAUGGAGGAAGUUUCUGAGUUACACCCCCCCUUGUUUAUAGACGGAUCUGAAUUCUUCGUCAUCUUUGCUCAUGUUGUUUCCAUAACAAACUUUAUUUAUCCAAUUACUGGCGUCAUUACAG